AUGGCUCCCCUCAUUCGAGCCGUAGCUGCUCUUGCAGCUGCUACCCUCUUUACUCAGGUCACUGCGACUAAUGUCGAGUUGCCCCCGUGCCUUGACCCUUUCAAGCCCUUUGCCUACUCUGGUUGCUUCGCUGAGAAGGGUACUCAGGGCGAGGAUGCCCUGGACUACCGCUCCAGCGCUGAUCAGCACACCAUGACCACGGCCAAGUGUAUUUCUGAGUGCAAGGGCAACGGUUACCGCUACGCUGGUCUCACCUUCUACGGUGUCUGCUACUGCAGUGCGACUGUCAACAGCGCCUUGCUUGACGAGUCUGCCUGUGGCUUCAAGUGCGAGGCUGCCCAGAACGAGACCUGCGGUGGUUCUGGUGCUUUCUCUGUCUGGGCCGAUCCUACCUUCCCCAACGUGGCCAAGGUCGAUGUCAACGCCUUCAAGUCCAUCGGCUGCUACACCGACGACACCAACCACGGACGUACCAUCGGCGAGCGUCAGAACCAGGUUGACGGCAGCAAGAUGACCCCCUCUUCCUGUAUCGCUGCCUGCGCCGCCGACGGUUACCCGUUUGCUGGUCUCGAAUUCGGUUCCGAGUGCUACUGCGGUGUCGUCAUUGGUAACUACUCCACGCCCACCACCAGCGACAAGUGCGGUAUGCCUUGCAACGGAGACAGCAACAAGAAGUGCGGUGGCGCUGGAACUGUUGAGGUCUACGCUUCUAAGGAGCUGUUGUCUCUUGAGCCUUGCGGCUUCCUUCCUCCUGUCGUCUCGCCUUCGAUUUCCAUUCCCAUUUCCAUUCCGGUCACCCUCCCCGUCACCUCGCUGCUUCCUCCCCCUCCUACCAACACCCCCAAGCCCACUCCUAGCACCACUGCCCCGGCCAUGUGCACCACCACUGUCGUAACCCCCGCUACUUGCGAGUACGGCUGCGGUAAGUGGUGCAACAAGAACCUCCCUGACUUCGAGGACCAGGACGGCUGCUCCAAGGCCAGCAACAGAUGUGCUCUCCAGGUUAACGCCUGUUUCAAGGGUGCCGGCUUCCCCGGCAGUGCCAGCUGCCACGAAUUCAAGGCUUGGUGCAAGGAUGUUUCUAGCUACUGCUCCAACAGCUGCUCUGGCAAGAAGGGCUCUUGCAGCAAGAGGGACUGCUACCAGAAGAAGCAGCCCAAGGGAUGGAAGCCCGGAUCCACCUCCGUUUCCACCUACCCUUGCCCUACGACCGCGACUACCCCCACUACCCCGGUCACCGUCGUCCCUCCUCCUCCUACCGGUAUCUGCAAGCAGCCUUCCAGCUGGCUCUUCAACUACGGACCCGGAAACCCCGUUGGUGGCAUUGAGAUCCCCGUCGUCACCUGCAACGAUAUCCUUGAGGAUUUCAAGGCCGGCAACCAGUUCAAGCUCUACACCGAGUCCGACUCUCGCAGCUGUAAGGGGUUCGGCAAGGGCAGCCUCUCCGGCGCUUGCAACGAAGCUUGCCAGGAGCAGUACACUGAGUGCCAGAAUGUCUACGCCCAGGGCUGCAAGGCUUACAACAACCGCCGCAGAGGUGCUGCCUACUCCGAGGCUCCCGAUAUCGCCAAGCGCUUCUUCUUCGGCGACACCUUCACCGUCGCCCUCAACAAGUGCAAGAUCCAGCUGCAGGACUGCAUCUGGGAGAACAGGAACGUUCUUGCCAACAACAAGUGCGGCGUCUUUGGCGGCCAGUACUAA